AUACAUUCCGUCGAAAUGGUUCGAUACGCCUCAGCAUCCAUCGCCACUGCCAACCCAGAGAAAUUUGCCAAAGCUCAGGGUGAGUAUGUUCGAACGCAUUUCAAGAACGCGCGAGAGGUCGGCGCUGCCUUAUCUGGGAUGAACCUGAAGAAAGCCUACACCUACCUCGCCGCUGUGCAGGAGCACCAACAGGUCAUUCCUUUCCGCCGAUUCGCCGGCGCCAUUGGUCGUACCGGUCAAGCAAAGGCUUUCAAGACGACAAAAGGUCGUUGGCCCACCAAAACCGUCGCUCACUUCCUCCGUCUCCUCAAGAACGCAGAGUCAAAUGCGGAUGCCAAGGACCUGGCGGUGGAGGAGCUGUUCAUCAAAAACAUUGUCGUUCAACAGGCCCCCAAGACGAGGCGAAGGACUUUCCGUGCUCACGGUCGAAUCAACCCUUACCAGGGACACCCCUGUCACAUUGAGAUUUUCCUCUCCGUCCCUUCUGCCCAAGUUCCGCGUGCCAAAGACCUCGACGUGUCUGCUUCAUCGAACACGAGGAAGGGAAAGAAGACUGCCGCUAUCGAGGCUUAGAGGAGUGCCUGAGGAUGAGCACUACGAGCAGGGGAUGUGUAUUAUGGAUUGCAUUCAUGCUUUGC